AUGCUGGGAUUAUUUAUACGAAAUUUGACACUUCCCUGGAUUUUUCUCGGCCGACGAUACGAUACGAGCAGGUAAAUACAAAAUUGCAAUUAAAACUUUGCAAAAAUAUUUAUUCAGGUUGGUCUACUGGCUGAAAUUCGUCGCCGACGUCGUCUUCCUCUGUCUCCCUUCCCUUCUGGCUCUAACUGUGCUCAGCGAGCAUCUCAACGUCCUAACCGUCAUUAUGCUCAUCAUUUCGGCCGUCCUGCUCUUGUUUGUGCUCUUCGAAGCCAGCGAACACCAUUUGAAACAUAGUUUGAAGGUAGAAAAUGGAGGAAAACUUUUUGCAAUUGCCUAAACACUUUCUUCAGCAAGCCUGGUCACGAAUACUGGAAGAGCAGCACAAACCGACGCAAUUUGUCACUUAUUUUAGGUAAACCGUGAAACCGUGGUUGAGUUUACCGAAACAAGGCAUGUUUUCUCGACUUUUCAGAUCGCUGACAAUGAUUCUGGUGACGAUCGCAAUUCUGGCCGUCGAUUUUCCGCUAUUUCCGCGGCGAUUUUCGAAAACGGAAACGUUUGGGCACUCGACGAUGGACGUGGGCGUCGCCGCGUUCAUGUUUCAGUCGGCGCUCGGCAGUCGCAUGGCCAAGUCGCCGAAUUCCGGACGAUCAAAUCUAGAGUCGGUUUUUAGACCUAAAUUGGCGAAAAAAAUUCAAUUUCAGAACGCACCGCCCGUGGUACCGCUCGUCUACAGUGAUCCUGUUCGGUUUGGGCUUCGGAAGAGCCGUUUUGCUCGAAUUAAUCGGAUAUCCGCAACACGUGACCGAGUACGGAGUACACUGGAACUUCUUUUUCACCCUCGCCGCCGUCAGGGUAAGGCCCCAUGAAAAUCGCUCUAAAAUCCCGAAAAAUCUGCAGGUGCUCUACUCGUGUCUGCCACGUUGCUACCCGCUGAUCCUGUCGAUCAUCUUCGGAAUCUGCCACCAAACAAUGCUCAAAUCGACGGGACUCCAGACGUGGAUUUUGGACGAGAACGCGAAUCGGCGCGAGAAUCUGAUGACGGCGAACGCGGAAGGACUGACCUCGCUCCUCGGAUACCUCACAAUCUUCUACGCAAGCCUCGCGAUCGGAGAACUGAUGGCCAAGACGAGGUGAGCUUGCAAGUGCGCUCUACCGCACUUUUUGUCCGAAAUUCAGAUUUUUAGCCAAAUUUCUCCUCGUAGCAGUGUAGAAAAGUCGAUUGCGCACAUUUUGAGCCAAAAACUGGCGGAUUUCAUUGAGAAAUGAGAAAGUUGGAUCGAUUUUCGAGUGUUGUGCUGAAAAUUUGCUGUUCGAACGCUCAAAAUGCUAAAAUGCUCGGAUUUACGUGCUUUUUUCAUUUCCGACACUGAUUCCCUUAAAAAAAUGCCCUCUUUAUCGAUUUUUAAUACAAAAAUUUGCAGCUACCGCCUGAAAUCGUGGGUCCGGCGGUGCUUCCAACUGCUGCUAAUCGCCCUCGUCGUGUACACUCUCCAAAUGCUCGCCGAGCGAUUCGUCGACGCACCGUGUCGGCGCGUCGUCAACGUCACCUACAUCCUCUCGCAAAUCGCCCUCUUCACCGCCGCCACCGCCGGAUGUCUCGCCAUUCAAUUGUUCAACACACUGGCCUGGUGUGCCGCUUUUCCGCAGUUUUCGAAUGGUAAAAUUUUGAAAAUCUAACGCUCGAAACCGGCUUCGCAAAAUUCAAUCAUAUUUUCCCGUCCAAAAAUCGUGAAUUUUGCAGGUGACGACCCGUUCUCGCCGGUUUCUCCGUGCCUCUCCGACUCGAUCAACCGCCACUCGCUGCUCUUUUUCGUCGUCUCGAACGUGCUCACCGGCCUCGUCAACCUUCUCUUGCCGGUUUCCGCUCACGAACUUCCCGCCCACGCUUCGUUUCCGAUUCUCUGCGUUUACUUGUUCGUUUGCACGGCCACCGUGCAUUUCAUCGAAUUCCGAAAAGUCAAUUUCGCCGCCCGACCGCACUCGGAAUGA